GUUUAAAACGUUGUGGUAAGAGUUGCCGGCUCCGCUGGUUGAACUACUUGAGGCCUGGCAUCAAGAGAGGUAAUAUUUCCCAUGAGGAGGAGGAUCUCAUCAUCAGACUUCAUAAACUCCUGGGCAACCGAUGGUCACUCAUAGCAGGAAGAUUGCCGGGUCGAACGGACAAUGAAAUCAAGAAUUACUGGAACACAAAACUCGGCAAGGAGGUAAAGGCAAUCCCCGAGCCAUUUAAUGGUGAAAAAGUACUUCAGAGUAAACCAAAAGAAAGGAAGGCAGCGGCAAGCCUAAAGGCAAAGGCACCUAUAGAACUGGGUAAGCAAUCUCAUCCUGUCAUCCGACCCAAGGCAGUGAGGUGCACCCAGGUAUACAUUCCACCACACCGAGAUGAUCAUAAAAUGGCCGACCAAAACUUGGAGCCUCAUUCAAAUGAGCAUGCAUUGGAAUCGAUACUUGAAGACGUCGACCCCUCAAAAUUUUUUGUGGACUUUGACGUGGAAAAGCUUUUGUCCGAACUUUAUGACGAUGAUUUCUUGCAAGUUUGCAUGGAUGAACCUCGAGAAGAUAAUAGUGGAGUUCGUGGCCUAGAUGGACGCAGCAUGAUGCUCUCACCCUGGUCUGAAAUUUCACGUCAUUUUCAUGGAGCCAUGCCAGAGGAAUGGAGGAUUGGGGAUGGUCUUCAAGCAAAUCUCGCCCCAUAGCUUAGUGCCCUGGCUUCUUUGCUAGACUACCGAGUCAUGGCAAUAAAAGCAAGAAACAUAUUGUCUUACGGAGGGUGAUUCCCUUCUUUUCUAUAUAUUUCCUGUCUUUUAUUUCAGGGUGUCCUCGAUACCCCCUUCGUCAUUCAAUUAGUUAUUAGCAUGCUUGUAAGCAUCAUUAGUUAGCGAUGCUAAUAAGCAUCGGUACGUAGCUGAUAACAUUUGUUAAUAGCAUUGACGGGUGGAAUUUCCAUGCGUUUAUAGC